AGUGGUGGGUAUCCAAUUUUUGAAGGUAUAUAUGGAAAAGUUUCUAGUUUUAACAUUAGCAUUGACUACUGCCUGCAAACUGUUUGAUGAUAUUCCUAAACCAAUUUGUGUCCUUCAAUCAUUAGAUACUUCAUUAUUUGAUUGAAUAAAAUGGACAAAUAUAAACUGUGGGUAUACUGCAUUUUGUUUCAUUCUUUGGUGUGCGGCAAAAUGACACGAGGGUUGAUAUGGGCUACAGCAGAAGACUUGGCAAAGAAUAGAGGAAGAGUUUUGUCUUUGUAUAGGCAAAUCUUGAGGAGCCUUAACUCACCUUCUUUGCCAUUGAGCUUUGCAGCUAGACUUCAAAAGAAAGCUGAGGUCCGUGCCAUGUUCAUGUUGGGUUCCGAGGAGCAAUCUCUUCAUAACAUUCAAGAUCUUAUUGAUGCUGGCGAAUACUCUCUUUCCCUUUUAAGAAAAGGCGAAAUCCCAAAGCACAUUCAAGUUUAUCAAUAAGUUCGGACAAUUUUCUUAAUGGAUAUGCUGUCAGCUGCUUUGGACGUGAACUUUUGUGAACUGUGAAGAUGGAUCAACUGCACUAAAAUUUUGUUUUGCGCUCUCUUGAUCAACUAGUCUAUUUUGUUUACACUUGGAGGUUGCUAUAAGCAUGUUGCCGUUAUUUUGUUCAGGCAAAGCUGUUAUAGUGGGAGGCUUGGAGCUGCUUCUCUUUGAACCUAGGGGCGGUCCUGUGGCAAUCACAUAAACUGUCCAUUUUGAAAGUUCCUACACUUUGGUCACGGUGUUUGCAUCAGUUAAACUUUAAAGUAUAUGAUGAACAAAAUUUAGCACAUUUGAAGAACAUUGAUAAGAUGAUCAACUACUUGUUGAGAACUAGCUACACUUGAAAUUCCAAUUACAGACAAGAUCCCAAGCUUAUAUUGAAGAUUUUAUGCAUUUCAAUAACUUCAGCUUCUGCAUUUCUCAUACUUUGUAGUUUCUGGCAACUUUCCCGUAAUUAUCUUCCUAUUUCUUUGCAAGCUAUUGCACAGGAGCUGGGCUUACCUUGUGCGCACCCGAAGGGUAGCGGCUGCGGGUUCCCAUGUCAUCAAAAAAAAAAAAAAAGUAAUAACACUUUCCUGAAUUAUGAACUGAGAGUCCCAUGUGAAAGUAUUCUUGUGUACAACUCUAAUAAAACGACAGUAACAAUUCUUUCGGGGCACAUGUACAUGAUUUAUUUUCCUACUAGUUGCAUCUUGUCCUUAGACUUCCAAAUACUGACAUGUUCGAACAGGUGUGAAGCAGCUCAAAUUGAUAUCUAGUACUUGCAACUUAGAAGUCUUUAUUGAAGAUCUCUCUUGUGCAAGACGAGUCACGGAGUAUGUCCAAAGAGGCUUUAGCAUCCUGUAAAUUAAGUAGAGGUACAUGGUUGACCAUUGAUGGAGGUAGACGAUAUAUGACAUUAUCCUGCUGCAGACUAUUCACACGAGGAUAGCAGUGUGCAUCUGAAUUUUUUACAGUAUCAAUUUUGGUCCUCUCAAUACAAGCUGAAUUACAGAGAUAGAGAAUGACAUUCCUUGUUUUUCUACAGAUGUUUAGAUAUGAUAAAAUAAGAGAAACCUCAUAUAAUCAUGCAUCAAUUUGGUGGGUGGGGUUGGAGUUGAGACCUGAGAAUUAUUAGUACUUGUACUGUUCUCCUGUAACUUGAUCGUUCUCUGUUCUGUGCUGUCAAACAGAUGUGUUUUAUGUGCAUUCAAAGGUUAGUACUUGGUUUUUGACCUUUGCUUUGGUUGACACUUUGCUCAACUGUUUUCUGAUGUAAAAAUGGAUUAUUUCGUAUAAAUAGACGCAAUGGUUUCUGGAAAA